CCCAACGGGGGAAAACGGGAGAAAAGGGCCACCGCUGAGCCAGUCCCGCGGGCUCGCGAGAGAGGCGAACGGACCGGAGAGGGGAGACCCCUGGGGGCGCCCGGCACCCCGCCAGCAUGUGCGAGCUAUACAGGAAGCAAGACACCCUUGCGCUGAGGAGGAAGCACAUCGCGCCCUCCUGCAAAGUUUUCUUUGCUGCGGAUCCCAUCAAAAUAGUGCGAGCCCAGGGGCAGUACAUGUUUGACGAGAAAGGUGAACAGUACUUGGAUUGCAUCAACAACGUAGCCCAUGUGGGACACUGCCACCCAGAAGUGGUCAAAGCUGCCCAGAAACAGAUGGAACUACUAAAUACAAAUUCUCGAUUCCUCCACGACAACAUUGUUGAGUAUGCCAAGCGCCUGUCAGCAACCCUGCCGGACAGACUCUCUGUUUGCUAUUUUACAAAUUCAGGAUCUGAAGCCAAUGACUUAGCCUUACGCCUGGCUCGGCAGUUCAGAGACCACCAAGACGUGAUCACUCUCGACCAUGCUUACCAUGGUCACCUAUCAUCUUUAAUUGAGAUCAGUCCAUAUAAAUUUCAAAAGGGCAAAGAUGUCAAGAAAGAAUUUGUGCAUGUGGCACCAGCUCCAGAUACGUACAGAGGAAAAUACAGAGAAGACCAUACAGACCCGGCCAGUGCUUAUGCCGAUGAAGUGAAGAAAAUUAUUGACGAAGCUCAUAACAGUGGAAGGAAGAUUGCUGCCUUUAUUGCUGAAUCCAUGCAGAGUUGUGGCGGACAAAUAAUUCCUCCAGCAGGCUACUUCCAGAAAGUGGCAGAAUAUGUACAUGGAGCAGGAGGUGUGUUUAUAGCUGAUGAAGUUCAAGUAGGCUUUGGCCGAGUUGGGACACAUUUCUGGAGCUUCCAAAUGUUUGGUGAAGAUUUCGUUCCAGACAUCGUCACAAUGGGAAAACCAAUGGGCAAUGGCCACCCAGUGGCAUGCGUGGUAACAACCAAAGAAAUUGCAGAAGCCUUCAGCAGCUCUGGGAUGGAAUAUUUCAAUACGUAUGGAGGAAAUCCAGUAUCCUCUGCUGUUGGUUUGGCCAUCCUGGAUGUAAUUGAAAAUGAAGACCUUCAGGGAAAUGCCACAAGAGUAGGGAAUUAUCUCACCAAGUUACUGAAUAAGCAGAAGGCUAAACAUGCUUUGAUAGGAGAUAUCAGGGGCGUUGGCCUUUUUAUUGGAAUUGACUUAGUGAAGGACCAUCAGGAAAGGACCCCCGCCACAGCCGAAGCUCAGCACAUCAUCUACAAGAUGAAAGAAAAGCGAGUGCUUCUCAGUGCCGAUGGACCUCAUAGAAAUGUGCUUAAAAUAAAACCACCCAUGUGCUUCACUGAAGAAGAUGCCAAGUUUAUGGUGGACCAGCUGGAUGAGAUUCUAACAGGUUUAGAAGAAGCCGUCGGAGCCAAAACUGAGAGUGUGAUCUCUGAGAAUACUCCGUGCAGAACCAAGAUGCCUGAGGAAGCCCACUCGGAAUUGCUCAGUGACGGCAGCCCGGACCCCAAAGAAAAUCCCAGCCGAAAAAGAAAUGGAUUGUGCACAGAUAAACAUUCACUGCUCAGUAAGAGGCUCAAGACAUGAGAGACGAGCAUUUUACAGCAAGAUCAAUGUCCAGAGUUACACAGAAUGAAUGGAAGUGUCCCUUCUGUUAAAGCUCUAUUAUACCCGCCAAAGGAAGAAUCUGCAUUCCAUUCAGGUAUAAAUAAAGUAAAUGAGUAAUAAGAAUAAUCCAAGUGAUAAUCAAACCCUGUCAAGAUUCAGCCUCCAGCCUGUUAAUUCCUUACUUGAGAUUUCUGAAAGUACUCCAUUUAUUCUACUCAAUUUCAGCUUCAAAUGGAAUAUUUAUUAAGUUGGAAGUUUUACGUCUCAUGUUUUAAUAUUUGACGUGACAGAGCAAAGUACGGUAGUAGGUUCCUGAACUUUGGAGACUAUGAAUUCUUUAAUGAUUUAAUUUGUAUAUAUUUAUGGACUAUAAUAAAAUAAAAGAUGAU